GUCAGUAGCAUCAUCUGAAACUAUUUUCUUCCUUUCCUUAGGUUGUCUUAAAUCUUUCCAUUUUGGAUUGUUUUCUUAGGGCAGAUUCCCAGGAGUUGAAUUAUUGGUUACAUGGGUAAAGAAGAUUUUUCUUAUCCUUGAUACUUUAUUGUCACAUUGUUUUCUAAAGGAGAUGUUACAGUUUUGCCCUCCCACCAGCAGUGUGAGGGGUGGGGUGGGGCUCUGUUUGUUACAAAGUUAUUAACAUUGCAAAUCUGCAAUAAUAAACUUAUUUAUUUUGAGGUUUUACUUCAUUCCUUUGUGUGGUGAGCUUUCCACGCUGGAUUGACCUUAAUUAAAUUGGCUCAAAUUCCCAAGUAAAAUUUGCCUUUGACAAAAAAAAUUUAAAAUCCAUUUCAAUGGGGGGGGGAUAAGAAAAGCUUUCAGAGAGGGAAUAAAAGGGUUAGUUUUAUAAUGUCCACAUAGAUGAAUGUUAAUCAGUGAACUGCAUAUUGCAUGAAUUAACUUUUCUUCCCUCCAGUAAUAAUAGUUAUCUUUUCAAAAUCUUUUGAAUGUUAUUCGGAAUUGUAAGGCUUAAUAGCACUACUGGAUUUCACAACAUUGAAACCAAAUGCAGCCAGCUUUACAUGUGCAAACAUGCCUAAACUGAAUUCUAGAUAAAUUGAAUUGGAAUUCACAUUUUGAGAAUAAAAUUGGCUUCUACAAUGUUUUUCAUAUUAUGAGAAGUUGAACCUGUUAAAAGAAAAUAUGAAAUUGAGAAAAGCUGGGAUUUUCUUCUUUUGCAAUUUUAUUCUAGCUCACAGUGUAUUUGUGAUUUUUUUUUUUCUUUUUAGCAGAGACUUCCAGGCUUCUUUUCUGUACUUUCAUGGUACAGCCAGAUCUACUUCAAGAAAUUGAGUGAAAUCCUCAGUAAAUGAUGACCAGGAUUGUUUUCAGCUUUUCUCCUUUUUUUCUCAGCCUUAAAUAUAUCUCGGUGUAAUUCCGUCAAGUGAAAUUAAAGAUUUCAAUCAUGGAUCUGUUGCCUUCUGAAAUGCUUUGGUUUUCAGUGGGCUGCAGUCUGUUGAGUAUUUUAGUGAUGCUAAUGUUACUGAACAGUUUUGUUCAAGCCCUAAAACUGUGGUGAUAAAUUUCAUCCUGCAUAGAAGUCCUCUAGGUCGCCUAGCGGGGGGGCACAGUUGGUUUUUAUUAAUGACUUCGUUGCCUUUUACUCUCAUUCAUGAAUGACACUCAGUGACAUUUCACUGAUGUUAUGGCAAGGGUUUUCCCUUGGACUUUGCCCAUUCUUUACACGUUGGGAAAUAAUCCUCAGCUAUAGCACGGGGCAGCCAGCAUCCAUGCAGGGAUUUGACUUUUAAUGGGUAGCUGUGUAGAUUUCCUUUAUCUCGAGACUGGGCAAACACUUAACAGUCCUGAGCAAAAACUAAUAAGAGAUUAAAACAAACCCCCUUGAGGUUUCCACUUGCCAGCCUCAGGAGUUGGUCUGGUUGGCCUUGAUGUCCAUUGUGGUACUGCAUCUUGUGAAGAUGUCAAAGAUGUGAAAUACUCUCUCUCCUGUCCGUUGUGUACUUAUUAUCAAAGCUUACAUAUAGCCAAUUUAAUUUUGAUGAAUAUAUUCAAAUAUAGAGCCUUGGAUCAAUACUAAGCUCAUGGUUGCUUUUUGUACAGCAUGCAUAUGUUUCAUUUCUUCUUUUACUAUGAUCUAUAAACUCAUAUUUAAUUUUUCCGGUUGCAGCUGUUGCACUAUUUUUGUUGAAGCAGGCUUAAAAAUCUGGCAGGAGGCCUUCCUGCUUUCCUGCUCUUUUCAGUGUUGCAGUGCUGUUUUGCAUAGUCGGUGUUUUCUGGGUAGUUUUUUUGACUUCUUUUCUACAGCUGAGGCUUUCUCUAAAAGUUUUCUCUGCCUAGGCUUGGCCACUGUUCGUGCAGCUCAACUGAUUGAUAAGACCAGGCUUGUCUGCUGCCUUUAGAGGUUCACAAGUUAAUUCGCUAGCGAUAAAGGCGUCCAUUAGCAAGGUGAAAGUAACAGAACCAUGGCUCAGUUUCCAACACCUUUUGGUGGUAGCCUGGAUAUUUGGGCCAUAACUGUAGAGGAAAGAGCAAAGCAUGAUCAGCAGUUCCAUAGCUUAAAGCCAAUAUCUGGAUUUAUUACUGGUGAUCAAGCUAGAAACUUUUUUUUUCAAUCUGGGUUACCUCAACCUGUUUUAGCACAGAUAUGGGCGCUGGCUGACAUGAAUAAUGACGGAAGGAUGGAUCAAGUGGAGUUUUCCAUAGCCAUGAAACUCAUCAAGCUGAAGCUCCAAGGCUAUCAGCUCCCCUCCGCACUUCCCCCUGUCAUGAAGCAGCAACCAGUUGCUAUUUCUAGUGCACCAGCGUUCGGUAUUGGAGGCAUCGCCAGCAUGCCGCCACUGACCGCUGUUGCUCCCGUGCCAAUGGGUUCCAUUCCAGUUGUGGGAAGGUCGCCCCCCCUUGUGUCUUCUGUUCCUGCAGCAGGAGUGCCUCCCUUGGCCAAUGGGGCACCCCCUGUCAUCCAGCCUCUGCCUGCGUUCGCUCAUCCUGCAGCCACAUUGCCAAAGAGUUCUUCCUUUAGUAGAUCUGGUCCAGGGUCCCAGUUAAACACUAAAUUACAGAAGGCACAAUCAUUUGACGUGGCUAGUGUCCCUUCCGCAGCAGAAUGGGCGGUUCCUCAGUCAUCCAGACUGAAAUACAGACAGUUAUUCAAUAGUCAUGACAAAACCAUGAGUGGACACUUAACAGGUCCUCAAGCAAGAACCAUUCUUAUGCAGUCAAGUUUACCACAGGCUCAACUGGCUUCCAUAUGGAAUCUUUCUGACAUUGAUCAAGACGGAAAACUUACAGCAGAAGAAUUUAUCCUGGCUAUGCACCUAAUUGAUGUAGCUAUGUCCGGCCAACCACUGCCACCAGUCCUGCCUCCAGAAUACAUUCCACCUUCCUUUAGAAGAGUUCGAUCUGGCAGUGGCAUAUCUGUCAUUAGCUCAACAUCAGUGGAUCAGAGGUUACCAGAGGAACCUGUUUUAGAAGAUGAACAGCAGCAACUAGAAAAGAAACUACCUGUAACCUUCGAAGAUAAGAAGCGAGAGAACUUUGAGCGUGGCAACCUGGAACUGGAGAAGCGGAGACAGGCGCUCUUGGAGCAGCAGCGCAAAGAGCAGGAGCGCCUGGCGCAGCUGGAGCGGGCGGAGCAGGAAAGGAAGGAGCGGGAGCGCCAGGAGCAAGAGCGCAAGAGACAGCUGGAGCUGGAGAAGCAGCUGGAGAAGCAGCGGGAACUAGAACGGCAGAGAGAGGAGGAGCGGAGGAAAGAAAUCGAGAGGCGAGAGGCUGCAAAACGAGAGCUUGAAAGGCAACGACAACUUGAGUGGGAGCGGAAUCGAAGACAAGAACUAUUAAAUCAAAGAAACAAAGAACAAGAGGACAUAGUUGUGCUGAAAGCAAAGAAAAAGACUUUGGAAUUCGAAUUAGAAGCUCUAAAUGAUAAAAAGCAUCAACUAGAAGGAAAACUUCAAGAUAUCAGAUGUCGAUUGACGACCCAAAGGCAAGAAAUUGAGAGCACAAACAAAUCUAGAGAGUUGAGAAUUGCCGAAAUCACCCAUCUCCAGCAACAAUUACAGGAGUCUCAGCAAAUGCUUGGGAGACUUAUUCCAGAAAAACAGAUACUCAAUGACCAAUUAAAACAAGUUCAGCAGAACAGUUUGCACAGAGAUUCGCUUCUUACCCUCAAAAGAGCUUUAGAAGCAAAAGAACUAGCUCGGCAGCAGCUCCGAGACCAACUGGAUGAAGUGGAGAAAGAAACUAGAUCGAAACUCCAGGAGAUUGAUAUUUUCAAUAAUCAGCUGAAGGAGCUCCGAGAAAUCCAUAAUAAGCAGCAACUCCAAAAACAGAAGUCCAUAGAGGCUGAACGACUGAAACAGAAAGAACAAGAGCGAAAGAUCAUAGAAUUAGAAAAGCAAAAAGAAGAAGCCCAAAGACGCGCUCAGGAGAGGGACCCGCCGUGGCUUGAGCACAUGCACGCUGAUGAGGAGCAGCCCCGGCCAAGAAAACCGCACGAGGAGGAAAAACUCAGAAGGGAAGAGAGCGUCAAAAAGAAGGACAGCGAGGAAAAGGGCAAACAGGAAAUGCAGGACAAGCUGAGUCGGCUUUUCCAUCAACACCAAGAACCAGGGAAACCAGCGGUCCAGGCGCCCUGGUCCACCGCAGAAAAAGGCCCGCUUACAAUUUCUGCCCAGGAGAAUGUAAAAGUGGUGUAUUACCGGGCACUCUACCCCUUUGAGUCCAGAAGUCACGAUGAAAUCACAAUCCAGCCGGGAGAUAUCGUCAUGGUUAAAGGGGAAUGGGUGGAUGAAAGCCAAACUGGAGAACCGGGGUGGCUUGGCGGAGAAUUAAAAGGAAAGACAGGAUGGUUCCCUGCAAACUAUGCAGAGAAAAUCCCAGAAAAUGAGGUUCCUGGCCCCGUCAAACCAGUGUCUGACACCACCUCCACCCCUGCACCCAAACUGGCUGUACGCGAGACCCCCACCUCAUCGGCCGUGACCUCUGCAGAGCCUUCCACGACCCCUAACAACUGGGCUGACUUCAGCUCCACGUGGCACAGCAGCACGAAUGAGAAACCAGAAACCGACAACUGGGACGCGUGGGCAGCCCAACCCUCCCUCACCGUCCCUAGCGCCGGGCAGUUAAGGCAGAGAUCGGCCUUCACUCCAGCCACGGCCACCGGCUCCUCUCCAUCUCCUGUCUUAGGCCAGGGUGAAAAGGUGGAGGGGCUCCAAGCCCAAGCCCUGUAUCCUUGGAGAGCCAAAAAGGACAACCAUUUAAAUUUUAACAAAAAUGAUGUCAUCACCGUCUUGGAGCAGCAGGACAUGUGGUGGUUUGGAGAAGUUCAAGGCCAGAAGGGUUGGUUCCCUAAGUCCUACGUGAAACUCAUUUCAGGGCCCAUAAGGAAAUCUACCAGCAUAGAUUCCGGCUCCUCAGAGAGUCCUGCGAGUCUAAAGAGAGUAGCUUCCCCAGCAGCCAAGCCGGCCCCGUCAGGAGAAGAAUUUAUUGCCAUGUAUACUUACGAGAGCUCUGAGCAAGGCGAUUUAACCUUUCAGCAAGGGGAUGUGAUUUUGGUUACCAAGAAAGACGGUGACUGGUGGACAGGAACAGUGGGCGACAAGUCCGGAGUCUUCCCUUCUAACUAUGUGAGGCUUAAAGAUGCCGAGGGCUCUGGAACUGCUGGGAAAACAGGGAGUUUAGGAAAAAAACCUGAAAUCGCCCAGGUUAUUGCCUCCUACACGGCCACCGGUCCUGAGCAGCUCACCCUGGCCCCUGGUCAGCUGAUUUUGAUCCGCAAAAAGAACCCGGGUGGAUGGUGGGAAGGAGAGCUGCAAGCACGUGGGAAAAAGCGCCAGAUCGGCUGGUUCCCUGCUAAUUACGUCAAACUUUUAAGCCCGGGGACGAGCAAAAUCACUCCAACAGAGCCCCCCAAGCCGACGGCAUUCCCAGCAGUGUGCCAGGUGAUCGGGAUGUACGACUACACCGCGCAGAACGACGACGAGCUGGCCUUCAACAAGGGCCAGGUCAUCAACGUCCUCAACAAGGAAGACCCCGACUGGUGGAAGGGAGAAGUCCACGGCCAAGUGGGGCUCUUCCCGUCCAACUACGUGAAGCUGACCACAGACAUGGACCCCAGCCAGCAAUGGUGUUCGGACUUACACCUCUUGGAUCUGUUGACCCCAACCGAGAGAAAGCGACAGGGGUACAUCCAUGAGCUCAUUGUCACAGAGGAGAACUAUGUCAAUGACCUGCAGCUGGUCACCGAGAUCUUUCAGAAACCCCUGAUGGAGUCUGAGCUGCUGACAGAAAAAGAGGGUGCUAUGAUUUUUGUUAACUGGAAGGAGCUGAUUAUGUGUAAUGUCAAACUACUGAAAGCGCUGCGAGUUCGCAAGAAGAUGUCUGGGGAGAAGAUGCCGGUGAAGAUGAUAGGCGACAUCCUGACGGCCCAGCUGCCGCACAUGCAGCCCUACAUCCGCUUCUGCAGCUGCCAGCUCAACGGGGCCGCCUUGAUCCAGCAGAAGACGGACGAGGCCCCGGACUUCAAGGAGUUCGUCAAAAGACUGGCCAUGGACCCUCGCUGUAAGGGGAUGCCACUCUCUAGUUUUAUACUGAAGCCGAUGCAGCGGGUCACAAGAUACCCUCUGAUCAUUAAAAAUAUCCUGGAAAACACUCCUGAAAACCAUCCAGACCACAGCCAUUUAAAGCACGCCCUGGAGAAGGCAGAGGAGCUGUGCUCCCAGGUGAACGAAGGGGUGCGAGAGAAAGAGAACUCGGACCGGCUGGAGUGGAUCCAGGCUCACGUGCAGUGUGAAGGCCUGUCUGAGCAACUUGUGUUCAAUUCAGUGACCAACUGCUUGGGGCCACGCAAGUUUCUGCACAGUGGGAAGCUCUACACCAAGAGCAACAAAGAGCUGUAUGGCUUCCUCUUCAACGACUUCCUCCUGCUGACCCAAAUCAUCAAGCCCUUGGGCUCUUCCGGCACCGACAAAGUCUUCAGCCCCAAAUCUAACCUGCAGUAUAAAAUGUACAAAACACCUAUUUUCCUAAAUGAGGUUUGGUCAAAUUACCCCGACCCUUCUGGGGAUGAACCCAUCUUCCACAUUUCCCACAUCGACCGAGUCUACACCCUCCGAGCCGAAAGCAUAAACGAAAGGACGGCCUGGGUGCAGAAAAUCAAAGCUGCUUCUGAACUCUACAUAGAAACGGAGAAGAAGAAGCGGGAGAAGGCCUACCUGGUGCGUUCCCAAAGGGCUACAGGCAUUGGAAGAUUGAUGGUGAACGUGGUUGAAGGUAUUGAACUGAAACCCUGUCGGUCACAUGGAAAGAGUAACCCAUACUGCGAGGUGACCAUGGGGUCCCAGUGCCACAUCACCAAGACGAUCCAGGACACUCUGAAUCCCAAGUGGAACUCCAACUGCCAGUUCUUCAUCAAAGACCUGGAGCAAGAGGUCCUGUGCAUCACUGUGUUUGAGAGGGACCAGUUCUCUCCAGACGAUUUUUUGGGUCGGACGGAGAUCCGUGUGGCUGACAUCAAGAAGGACCAGGGUUCCAAGGGUCCCGUUACCAAGUGUCUCCUGCUGCACGAAGUUCCCACAGGAGAGAUUGUGGUCCGCUUGGACCUGCAGUUGUUUGAUGAGCCGUAGGGAGCCGGCCAAGGGUGCGCUUGGCCAAGUCUCAGCCAAGGCAGCAGGUGCUGUCUGGAAAUGGCGUUGGUUUUCCGAGGACCACUGUUUGGUGUUCAGCCACAGAGCAACAGGACAGCAAAGACAGGCCCCUCAAAGUUUCUGGGAAUACGUCUCGACAAUCCUCCCCCGCCCAAACAAUUUCUCAUUUUAUGAAACCAAACUGUGUUUUCCUUUGUUCUCACUGCAGGUCUCGUCAUAGCUUCUAGGGUCUUUGAAAGCCCAUAGCCCCCAGCUAUGUUGAGUUGGGAACCUGGCCUAUCCCUGGGCCUGAGGUUUGGGUCUGGUUGCUGUAAAAUAGAUUUACAAAUGUGAUGUCUAUAUUUUUGGGGAACUCAUGUAACCCUCCUAUUUCUUACCUCCCCCAGCUCACAAGUAGGUCCCGGCCCCUGAUCUGCGAUGCCUGGUCCCUGGUGGGUUUAGAAAUAAUCACGAUAGUCUUGUCUUUGCUUCAGAAUCUCACUCCCCCACUGGGACCUUAUUGGAAGUGCUGCCCCAGGUCUGAUCCCUCGGGAAGAGGGUCUCCUGAUCAGACCGUGGUCUAGCUCUUUGGGGGGCUGGUCCAGGAACUAAUCCAGCAGGUGUGUUGUUAGCACCUUUCCCGUCUCCUCCAGGUUUUUUUACUGGUAGAUGCCAAUGAAAACUAUCCCUGGCUACUAUUAGGCGAUCUGAUGCUGAUUUCCAGCACGCUCGGAAGAUGGUUAAGGAAGGCUGUUAACCAUGAAGUUAUGCUCCGCUGGAUUAGAUCACAGCAGGUCACCUGAAAGGCUACUUUACGGCGUUAUUGGGUCCUGGUUGCCAGCCUGGUGAGAAGGUUCUCUGUUGGCUUGAGGGGCCUGUGAUGUUUCGUGGCGGGAGUCGUGGCUGGCAACCAGCUCCGAGCCUCUUCUUGCUCCAAUGCUGGAUCCUGAAAUUUUGUGGGAACUUUCAGCAGAUGUCUUUGGUACGUUCCUCCAAAAGGCAUCCCCAGAGUGUGAAAAGGAAAGGUGACCAUCUGUGGAGGAAACCCGUCACAGGGUGGGGGAAAGACCCUCGGCGCAGGCAGGGCUCUCAGUGCCAGGGAAGAAGACCCGAGACUCUUUCCCCAAGCCAAGUACACACCCAAGCUCUCAGUGAUGAGGAAAUCCAUGUCCGUGUUGCCAGAGACAGGAGCGUAGGACCACGUGCCAAGCUGUCUGGUUGGAGCUGUCUGGGUUUUUCUCUUUCGAGGCCAGGAGAUAGGCUGGUUAACUCGAUAAGAACUCACUUUGCUCAUGAGAAGCGUGGGUUGGAUUUUGUUCGCAUGUUGAAGUUCUCAUAAGCCCCGUUUGUUGUUCUCAUGAAAUGUUCUUUGCAUGUUCUCUGAUCCUGAAAUCUAGCUUUCCUGUGCGAGGUGGUAUUCUCUUUGGUUGUAGCCUUUCCUUAGGGUUAUAGAAGCGCUUUAUAAAGGUAGCGUCCACUUAGCAGCGGAGUGAACAACUCACUUUGCUGGGAACUGAAUAUGUCACGUCCUUCUUUCCCGUGAAAGCCCUGGCAUCGUUCAAGCAAUUUUUUUUAAAGAGUGUGCGUCAGAAAGGGCGACCAAGUUUACAUUUCACACUUCUAAGAAACACUUUAUUAUUUAUUUAUUAAAGAUAGCGUCGACUUUUGUAUCAAGAACAAUGGACAGAAGUAUUUUUGGAAACAAGCGGACAACCCCUUUGGUGAGAACCUCUCAUCUGGAGAUAUCAGACACCAAGGUCAACUUCAAGCAUGCGUUUGUUUACCACCUCCCAGCAGAAAACAUGGUUCCGAGACGUUAGGUUUGUUUUUUGAUGUUCGGAAACCAUUUUACAUGAAAUCUAUGAAGGGACCGACAAGCCAUGCUUCCCUCUUUCUAUACCCAGCACAGCGUCUUCAGUGUGUUUAUGAAGGACCUGCCACUAUGGUAGAAAACGAAGGUGAAAAUGAGGUCGUCCUGGGUCACCAAGCCCAUCCCGUCCUUUCUGUUCCCCCUCUUCUGCGUUGACUUUCUUUGCGUGUGACUGGAGGGCAUCACUGUGCGUGGAGGGAGGAAGCAAUGGGCUCAGUGACAAACAUCUUGUCUUUUGGGGUCCACGGGAUCACCCACCCGCAGAGUCCCCUUAUCAGAGCUGAUGUCGCGUGAUGUCGUGUGAGUCUGUUUUCCCAAGUGACUCUGCUGGACAUCCCUUGGAGGCUCCUCCCGGGUAGCGAUUCUGGAUUAGUGUCUGUGUCCUCACUGGGGUCAUUUGCCACGUGGCCUCUUGUACUUACGGAGGAGUGAGGCUGGUCCGCAGAUCCCGCUGCGACUCAGGAGUCGUGCGGGAGAUGCAGGCAUGUGGGGGCUGCACGGAUUCUCCUUCUUCGACCUCUAGUCCUUCACCACUACCUUUUGGGCUGCCUCGGCGCUCUUUCAUAGAGGUGAAAUGUCCCUGGCCAGGACCAUCUGUCUCCUGGCUUUUUGCUUUCUCAACACAGGCUCUCUGCAGGCCCCUGCCUCCUAAUACUCUGAGUCCAGACUUCUAGACACCCCUGCAAGCCUCCCCCUUCCCUGAGCCACACUGAUCUCCUCGAUGUCCAGCAAGGGGGCCUUUCUGCUCCAGGGCUGGGCCCUGAGGAUAGGAGGACUUUUUUGCAGACCAGCUCUCCUGAAGGAACCAUCCAUAUUCUGGUGCCCCCGGGGCAGGGUCUCUCUGGCAGGCAGGUGGGCAGCAUCAUCUGGAUCCAGGUUGCCUGUGACCAUGAGAGCCUGAGGCUGUGGCUCAUUCAGAUCCAGGGCUGGCCUGACGCAGGGAGAGAGACCUUUCUGGGCUGGGCUCUCCAGGGUUGCUUGAGAGACUGGGGCCAGGCUUCCCAGGUUGACUUCAUGUAGUCCCCCUUGAUCUCUGAUGGCAGAGGAGAAAGCAGUGCUCCCAUAGGACAUUUGUGUUCAAGGGGGCAUUUUUUUCUUCUUUGCUCUUUGAACAACUUAAGCAUGACCUAAGUCUAUGAAAGUACCUGGUCUUACCUGGUUGAGUAGCACUGAAUUUAGUUGAGGAAAAAAAAAAAAUCCCAUCAGAAAAUGGACAAAUUGGCCAUUUGCAUUGUCUUUUUGACCCGGUGCCCCAAACUUCUGUCUCUCUAGGGGUUGCCUGGUGCAAGCAUAAAGCCACUGACCGAGCAGGGACAUUCUCGGAUCCAAAGGGGCUGGAGAGCAAAGAGGCAUGAAUGAAGUGCUUCCGGUUUUAUUUGAAAGGAGGCUUUGGAAUCUAGUUGACAGUUUGCCAGUGCUCAGUAUGAGCAGAAAAAGACUUCUCUAUCUCUCCUCCGUUUUUUUCCCCCUAGUUGGUUGGGCUUUUCUGAUUCACAAGAAGAAUAUUUGUUUUGUGUCUGUAAGGAUUUUAAGAAUUUCCGUGGGGAACAGCAAGUAGGUUUUCAUUUUAUUUCAGUUCAUUGUAUUCUCCCUUCUCUUUGGGGCUGGAGAUGAGCUUCACAGCAGACAUGGGCACUGUGACAGGGACACGUGCCUGCUUGACGGUGGCAUUUCAGACUCGAGGGUCAUGUGAGGUUAACGUUGGGUCUGCCUACUCCAGAUGCACUUGCCUUAUAAAUUUAGAACCUUCUAGGCUGGAAAGUGAGGCGAUGAAAACAGACAAGGCUGGCUCUCCUUCCUUGGCUUUUAGCAUUAGGACUUUAAUUCAGGCAGAAGCAGAACUGGUAGCAGAAACUGGUGAUGUGCUGAAGCCCUCAGAUGCUGUGGUCUGAGCUAUCUUAAGA